AUGCCGCAACCAUUGCCUUCCAAGGAUCAGUCCUUGUUUCGUCAGGUGGUUCGCCACUUCGAGAUGAAACAGUAUAAGAAAGGCAUCAAGACCGCAGACCAGGUUCUUCGAAAAAACCCCACCCAUGGCGACACUCAAGCCAUGAAGGCUCUCAACAUGAGCCAGAUUGGACAAUCGGAGGAGGCCUUCGCGCUCGCCAAGGAGGCUCUCCGAAAUGACAUGAAGUCGCAUAUCACCUGGCACGUUUAUGGACUGCUCUACCGCCAGGAGAAGAACUACGAGGAGGCCAUCAAGGCAUAUAGAUUUGCGCUGCGUCUCGAGCCUGAGUCGCAGCCCAUUCAGCGCGACUUGGCUUUGCUCCAGAUGCAGAUGCGGGAUUACCAGGGAUACAUCCAGAGCCGCAGUUCGAUGUUGCAAGCUCGGCCGGGCAUUCGCUCAAACUGGACUGCACUCGCUAUCGCGCACCAUUUGGCCGGAGAUCUCGCAGAAGCCGAGAAGGUCUUGACUACCUACGAAGAGACAUUGAAGGGUGCCACGCCGCCUGUAGCUGACAUGGAAAACUCCGAGGCUGUCCUGUACAAGAACACGAUCAUUGCAGAGACUGGAAACAUCGAGAGAGCCCUGGAGCACCUCGAGGCCACUGGAUACCGAUGCACCGACCCACUCGCCGUUCUGGAAAUGAAGGCGGACUAUCUGCUGCGCCUUGACCGCAAGGCCGAUGCGGAGGCAGCAUACACUGCUCUCCUCGAGCGCAACCCGGACAACUCAAUCUACUACAAUGGCUUGAUUCUGGCAAAAUCCAUCCCUGAAAAUGAUCACAAGGCAUUGAAGGCUCUAUACAAUGAAUGGGUCGAGAAAUUUCCCCGCUGUGAUGCUGCUCGCCGCAUCCCCCUCGACUUCUUGGAAGGAGAGGAUUUCAAGCAGGCAGCGGAUGCCUAUCUGGAGCGCAUGUUGAAGAAGCGCGUUCCCUCACUAUUCGUGAACGUUAAGCAUCUCUACGUCAACCCGGCUAAGCGCGACACGGUGCAAGCGUUGGUGGAAGAAAAAAUUUCUAGCCAACAAAGUAACGGCUCUGCGGAAGCUAACGGAGACAACAACGAAUAUCUGUCCUGCAUAUACUACUUCCUCGCCCAACACUACAACUAUCACCUCAGCCGCAACCUCCCUAAGGCCAUGGAGAAUGUUGAGAAGGCCAUCGAGCUCCUCCCCAAGGCCGUGGAAUACCAAAUGACCAAGGCCCGAAUCUGGAAGCACUAUGGUAACCCCAUCAAGGCAGCCGAAGAGAUGGAGAAAGCCCGACUCUUGGACGAGAAGGAUCGCCACGGCAACACCAAGGCCGCCAAGUACGUUCUCAGAAACAACGAGAACGAGAAGGGCUUGGAGCUUAUGAGCAAGUUCACGCGCAACGAGACCGUUGGCGGCACACUGGGUGAUCUCCACGAGAUGCAAUGCACCUGGUUCUUGACCGAAGAUGCGGAGGCGUUCCUUCGACAGAAGAAGAUUGGUCUUGCCCUGAAGCGCUUCCACUCCGUUUACAACAUCUUUGAGACCUGGGCGGAGGACCAGUUUGACUUCCACAGUUUCUCCCUCCGUAAGGGUAUGAUCAGAGCUUAUGUCGAUAUGGUUCGCUGGGAGGACCGUUUGCGCGAGCACCCCUUCUACACGAGAAUUGCCAUCGGAGCCGUCAAAACUUACCUGCUCCUUCACGACCAGCCAGAUCUCGCAUAUGGACCCAUCCCCGGCGGCCCUGAUGGGCUCAACUCUACCGACGAGAAUGAAAGAAAGAAGGCCCUCAAGAAGGCAAAGAAGGAGCAGCAGCGCCUGGAGAAGAUUGAAUCUGACAAGCGCGAGGCACGCAAGGCCGCCGCCGCAAAUGCUAAGAGUGUUGACGGAGAGACUAAGAAGGAAGAUGCGGAUCCUCUGGGUAACGCUCUGGUCCAGACUCAAGAUCCUUUGCAGGAUGCCAUGAAAUUCUUGACCCCCUUGCUCGAAUGUACCCCUAAGAACAUCGAGGGUCAAUGCCUUGGAUUUGAGGUCUACAGCAGAAGAAACAAGCACCUUCUUGCUGUUAAGUGCCUCGCAGCCGCUCAUGCUAUUGAUCCCUCCAACCCCACUCUCCACCUCCAACUGCUUCGCUUCCGCAAGACCCUUGAUGGUCUUUCCGAGCCCCUCCCUGAGCAGGUCGCCGAAGCUGUCAAUGCUGAAUUCGACAAGCUUCUUCCCAAGUCCCAGAACCUUGAAGAGUGGAACGAGUCCUACCUUUCAUCCAACAAAGGAAGCGCCACCCACGUACAGGCUGCUCUGUCUGCCCGCCAGGUUCUGAAGGCGGAAUCCAAGUCCCAGUGCGAGAAGGAGCUGCUCGCUACUCUUGAUUUGCCUGAGAUCACCAUCAACGAGGCUACUGUUGCCUUUGAUCUUUUGAACGAGUGGGGCAGUGACAAGACUGCCUAUGCCGAGAAGGCCAGCAAGAAGUGGCCCGAGUCUUCGGUUUUUGAUCUGAACUGA